AGAAUGGAUCGCUCAGACAUCGAAUUUAAAACCGUCGACCAUGUCACUCUACGUGGCUGGGUUUUCAAGCCAGCCAACGCACCAGGCAAAUACCCUUGUCUGGUGAUGUCCCAUGGCCUGACUUGCCUUAAGGAGAUGCACCUGGAUACCUUGGCCGAACGUCUGACGUCCGCGCUCUCGAUCGCAUGUUUGGUAUACGACCACCGGGGCUAUGGCGCUAGUGAUCAGAAGGCCAAUGAACCUCGCAAUGAGAUUGUCCCGACAUACCAGCACAGUGAUCUACAGGAUGCAAUUACCUAUGCACAAUCCAGNGAGGAUAUCGAUGCGGCAAAGAUUGGUGUUUGGGGUUACUCACUCUGGGUCGGUGCCAUCGAUCGUCGUGUCAAAACAGUGAUAGCUUUGGCACCGUUUACCACNGGGGAUAUUCUUUCAAACAACAUGAGGACAGACUUUGAGGAAUCCAUAGUCGAAAUGCUAGCUCAAGGUAUGGGGUUUAUACUCAAUCGAUCUCGCGGACUAACGCUCUGCNNAGAACGACUGUCACGAGCAGCUGGCAAUGAGCCUAGAAGAAUGCCUGUUGUGGUCAAAAAUCCACUCGAUGUAGCCGCCUUACCACAUGCCGAAAGUUACACCUUCUUUUCUCCUUGGGCUGAGAAGAUUGGCUGGAAGAACGAUCUGACUAUCAGGAGGCAAAUCGGACCUACGCCACUGUUGAUGCAAGUGCCAAAGAAUGAUGUCGUCACGGUCACUGAGUUGAUGCUCGAAGCAUACAACCGUGCGGUAGAGCCGAAAGAGAUACAGAUGUUGCCAGGUGGUCACUUUAGCAUGUUUGAGGGUGAUGGGUUUGAGAUGAUGCUCGCUAAGGACAUUGAGUUCUUGAAGAAGACGCUGCUCGAGUAA